UGAUCGCUAGCGUGUGGCGAUAAUACGAACGAACCACAACGAAAUUGUCAGAAUGUUGGAGGAGGAGCUCGAGAUAGCGCUGAAGGUGAUCGUGGUCGGGAACGGGGGCGUCGGCAAAACGUCGAUGGUCCAGCGGUACUGCAAGGGCAUCUACACGAAGGACUACAAGAAGACGAUCGGGGUGGACUUUCUCGAGCGGCAGAUCGAGAUCGACGGCGAGGACAUCCGGAUCAUGCUGUGGGACACGGCCGGCCAGGAGGAGUUCGACGCGAUCACGAAGGCGUACUAUCGGGGGGCGCAGGCGUGCGUGCUCACGUUCAGCACCACCGACCGGGCGUCGUUCGAGGCGAUCCGCGAGUGGAAGGUGAAGGUGGAGAACGAGUGCAGCGAGAUACCGACCGUGCUAGUCCAGAACAAGAUCGACCUGAUGGAUCAGGCCGUGGUGUCGUUCGACGAGGCGGAAGCGCUGGCCCACGCGCUCGGCUGCCGGCUGAUCCGGACGUCGGUGAAGGAGGACGUGAACGUGGCGACCGUGUUCCGGUACCUGGCGACCAAGUGCCACCAGCAGAUGAAGCAACAGUACAGCCAGUCGGCCCCGAUUAGCCAGCCGACGAUCAGUGCCUUUAGUCCGACGUUCCAGUCGAAAGCCGCCAGCAACACGAUCACCCUGGCGAGGCCAUCGGUGAAGCGCAAGCCACUGCAGAAGCGGUGCGGGAUCUUCUGAGGGCCGGAUCGGGCCCGUGCCCGGGCCGGGCUGGGCUGUGCGUGUUAUCGUUGUUUGGUUUUAGUGUACGUCGGCUACCGCCUUGUUAACUUAGAGCUUAGUAAUCGUAAGACCUGCCACCUUUGCAAGACUGUCGCUUGAAUA